UGUUAUCCGCAAGCCUGAAUGAUGAAUACAAAGUUAACUGAAUCAAUGAUAUUUUAUUUGAGAAAAUAAGUGUUUGAAGUAUAACUGUGAUAUUGUUUCGAAUAUUAAAAAAAACGCUUGAACAAUGAAUGAGACAAUGAACGAAACAGUGACAGACACUUGGAUGUGGCUUCGGGAUGUGAUGGGGUGGUGGCUUGAAGACUCUGGUGCGGAAGAGCAUCAAGGUCUGAACAUGAGCGUCCUGAAAAUGGACCAAGCGUAUAUGGUCGGAGUGGCAGACAGAGACGUUGGUGUCUACUCCGUUUCCGACGAUUGUUUCAGAUGUCCGUUUGAGCUACAGAAAAAUAUAUCAGCAGGCACAAAGGGAUGGUGGGUUGUCAGUACGGCGAGGCGAUCUACCCUGAGGGUGUAUGAGGGCUUCACAGACGACUACAUGACAGCUAGAAAUACUUCAGGUUUGCUAUGUCAGCUACGACCGAAUAUGGGACAAUUCGGCGUGUACACAUUGAACGCGACGGGCGAAGGCUGCGAUGUAAGGACCUCUAAGGAACCUGUCGAUAUUUAUAUGCCUCUCCUCCUUCUGCUGGGAGUUUUGAUCGGGGCAUGGCUACUUUAUGGAGUGCUGAAGCUUAUCAUGUCAAGGGUAAGGCGUUCAGCAAAGCUGCGCUACGGUGACAAGGAGCUCGCUAUACAACAGAGAUUGCGGGCUUUGGACACCUUUAGAGGGAUGGCAAUAGUGUUCAUGAUAUUCGUGAACGACGGAGCCGGCGGGUACUGGUGGAUGGAGCACGCCACGUGGAAUGGUCUGGCGGCCGGCGACCUCGUGUUUCCAGCCUUUCUGUGGAUCAUGGGCGUCUGCGUCCCACUUUCAGUCAAGAGCGCCUUCGCGAAGGGCGUGCCGAGGUGGAAGAUUGUUUUACAUAUUAUCAGGCGUUCGGUCAUGAUGUUCCUGCUGGGCAUAACCAUGAACACGAUCUACGGCUCCAACAUGCUCGGUGAGCUGCGGAUAUUCGGCGUACUGCAAAGGCUUGCCGUAUCGUACCUAGUAGCUGCUGGCUUCUACGCGCUCACAGCUCCGAAGUAUUAUACACCGCCGAGGGGCGCAUGCGGUCAAGCACUGAAAGACGUUUUGUCAUGCGCAUGGUGUUGGGUCCUAGCUGGUGUGCUUAUAGCGUUGCACAGCGCGCUCACCUUCAUCGUACACGACCCUGAGUGUCCAGCUGGAUAUUUGGGACCUGGUGGUAAACACGAUGAGUGGGUUGCGCCGGAGUGCAGCGGAGGUGCUGCUGGUUUUAUCGACCGCCUGCUGUUGGGAGAGAGUCAUCUGUACCAGCACAGCGACGCGAGGAAUGUUUACGGUGGCCCGCCGACGGAUCCAGAAGGAAUGUUGGGAUGCCUCACAUCGGCAGUCCAAGCAUUGUUUGGCGUGCAAGCCGGCGCAACCGUGUUGCUGCAGCGAUCACACAAGGCGCGGAUUUCUCGUUGGCUAGCUUGGGCUCUGGUCUUCGCGCUGGCUGGAGCACUACUUGCGGGCUUCUCGAGGGAGCAUGGCGUCGUGCCCAUUAACAAAAACCUUUGGUCCAUGUCUUUCGUACUGGUGACAACAGCAGUUUGCCUCGCGUUGCUUAGCAUCUGCUACACAUUGACGGACGCGUGGCGGUUUUGGGACGGAGGACCUUUUAGGGCUCCAGGGCUCAACGCCAUCGCACUUUACAUAGGCCACUCAGUAUGCGCACACCUAUUCCCAUUCCAUUGGAGAGUACCAGAGAUGCAGACGCAUGGAAUACGCCUGGUGGAGGCGGUCUGGGGCACAGCUUUAUGGGUUAUUAUUGCUCAUGUUAUGGCUAAGAAGAAAGUCUUCAUCACUCUCUGAAUGCUAAACUUUUGUUAUUGUAACACUGCCAGUAUGACGUCGGCUUCUACAUUGGGUACUU